AUUUUUGAAUUAAUCGACUUUUCGCGCUUCCCGCUCCGUCUCGGACGCGCUCGGGUCUCUCCGUACGAGCUCGCUUCUCGUCGGCCGAAGGAAGUAGAUUAUUUCACGUUAUCAUCAAUUUGUGGGGCCGUGGUGCUUUUUCGGAAUCUAAUCCCAGAAUGGAAAUUUAAUCAUCUUACAUCGCAAGUUCCGUGACCCCACAACUCCUUAAGUGAUCAGGCAAGCAUAAAAUGGAAUGGUUACUGUCUUAUUUUUUCUUCAUCUCCGCCAUGCCUCGUUGGGUGAUUGGUUCUGCUCUUGGUAGUGGAUUUUUCCUCUAUUAUUUUCUAGAAGUUGCAAAGCGUCCUGCUGUAUUCUGCUCCGAUGGAAAAUUUAGAAAAUUCUUAUAUUCAUACAUGCCCCUGUUAAAUGAAAGGUUUUGGCCUACAAUAUGGUGUUUCGAAUCCCGAGCCCAGACAAUGUUUUCUACAUUUUUACGAACAAAGUUCCUCAGUAAUGUUCAGUACUCAAGGGAAAUUCUAGAACUACCGGAUGGUGGCAUGGUUUGCCUAGACUGGUCUCUGCCUAAGGACGAUAAACCAGACACUCCAACAAUGUUAUUCCUGCCAGGAUUGACAGGAGAAAGUCAAGCUGAUUAUAUUCAAGGCUUUGUGCGAUCUGCAAAUAGUCUAGGUGUUCGCUCAGUUGUUUUCAAUUAUCGUGGCCUUGGUGGAAUCCCUCUGAAGACUCCACGAACUUAUUGCGCUUGUAAUUACGAAGAUUUGACUGAAGUAAUUGACCAUGUAAAAAGCAAGUAUCCAGAAAGUCCAUUAGGAUGCACUGCCGUUUCAAUGGGAGGACUGGUCCUUGGAAAUUACCUCGCUCACGAAUCGGAGAAAGCCAACAAGAACUUCAAAUGCUGCCUGAUCAUUUCUGUUCCUUGGAACAUUUCUGUGGCUGUUGACAGCAUUGAACAAUUUGGGCUGAACAUGUUGAUGAACAGAUAUCUUGCCUCUUGCCUCACAGAGGUUGUUAAAGGUCUUCGACAUGUCUUGGAGCCAUCUCAAAAAUACGAAAUGGAAAAAGUGCUUUCUAGUAAAACCAUCAGAGAAUUCGACUCUCAUUUCACUGUCAAACAGUUCGGCUACAAAGAUGUGAAUGAUUACUAUGAAAAUGCAACUAUUCAUAACAAAAUUCAUCGCGUGAAAGUGCCAGUCGUUUGUCUCAGUGCUGCAGAUGAUCCAUUCCAACCUUUAGAAGGUAUCCCUGUUGAAACGGCUAAUCUCCUCGAACACGUAGCGAUAGUGGUAACUGCGAGAGGCGGUCAUAUCGGAUUUUUGGAGGGCUUCUGGCCUUUCCGCCAAGAAGAACAAUAUCUUUUCAAAUUUUUCACUCAACUCUUCACUGCUGUUUUCAAAAACCCAGAGGCAUUCAAAGAUUCCUUCUCUGAAAUUGUCUCUUGAAGGAGGAAGAACAGUAAAUCGUUAUCGAAAGUCCAUCGCACUAUUCCAACUUACUCAGAGUUGGUGGUUUUUUUACGAGCUCUAAGUAAAACUACUUAAUUCCUUUUUUUUUGAGGGGGGCGGAAAGAGAGCUUAAUGGAGCCGAAUACUUUACAUUUUAAAGGAGCGAUUCAUAGUUCUGGUGUGUAACUUAUGAUCUUAUUCCAUAAAUGUGCGUGCAUCUUGAAAUAGUGAUCUGCCGAUCAGCAGCUGAAAAUAAUAUCUUUGCACCAGUCUUUAAAUUUAUGUGUUCUUAAUUGAUGAUAAUAAUGUUUUUUGAUAAGUAUGGUGUAAGAACACGCUUAUCAAAAGACAUUAUCCAUUACAAACAAUUUGGUUUCUUGGCAAAAAUUAUUUUAUAAUUUCCUUAAAUGUAUAAGUUUAACCAUAAAAAACUCUGUGACUGAUUAGUUUUGCCUAGCCAGGGGAUACUGCUGUAUAAGCGUUUAGAUGUUGCCAAAUCUCCAUCAAUAAAAUAUUUAUUUUUGAGGACAAUUAUGGAUGUAUUUACUUUAAAUUUUUAGUUUUUAAAAUUCAAUUGUGAACGAAAUCAUCUGAACAAUUGAAAGGAAAAUAUUCACAAUAUUCCCAGUAAAUUCUUUUUUUAUUGGAGGAAAUGUGGCAACUUCUGAAGAUUUAUACAACAUUUUUUCCAAGCAGAAUUGCUUCGUUCUUUACUCUCUGCUACACAUGUUGUGUAAUAUUGGUCAUAAAGAUUUGGAACAGUGUUUCCCGUUCAUAUUUUAAACUUUCUGUUUUCAAAAUUGAACGUAACUGUACAGAAA